GGACAAAGAGCAAAUAUUCACCAAAGGGCACAAAAAGCUCACGUGCUGAGGUCCACCCACUUGACUUACCCACGUGGACUUGCAAAAAUCUGCUGCAGGAAUGGCAAAGAGACAUUUUGAAGCAUUAUCCCACAGAGAAGGGGGUGGUGUAGCUUUGGUGAGCUCCUCCCUCACGGGACGGGAAUGGGCUGGGGCUGUGUGGGUAUUUUCAGACUACAACGACUACCUCAGCAGCUGCAAUCUUGAUAUGAUAGUUACCAGGACAACCACAGGAAUAUCAGACGUACUAUGGUUAGCAAACCAGAAGGACUUGGUGCUUGCAUGUGACUCUGGUGAGCUGGAGGUGUGGAGGUGUGAGGGGCCGGGACACACUCUGUCGGCCAUUGCCGCUCUUGGUUGUCAUGAUGAUAUGGUACUAGUCGUGAGACAGCUGGCAGAGGAACAGCUCCUCGUUAGCGGUGGAGGUGAUGGAAAAGUCAUCGUGUGGGACGUUGAAGCAACAAAGAUGGUCAAAUCUUACAGAGGUCACUAUGGGCAGACGCUCUCUGUGAGUGCACAUACAACCUCCUCUGCCUGUUUCCUAUCCACUGGCCAGGAUUCUGUGACGUUGCUAUGGGAUACCCGACAGCCGAAACCAGCCAGCAAAUUAUCAGCCUCCAGGAGUGUGGUUUAUACCAGCUCAACUUGGGAGAACGACAACAUAGCACUGGGCUCUGAGUCUGGCUGUGUGGAAGUGUACGAUGUGAGGGGGGAUCCCGUUCCCUUUGCUAUCUACUCACCCCACAUACGAUCUGUGCAGAGAUUGACCUUCGCACCCUGGAACUCGAGCCUAUUGGCUAGUGUAUCUGAUGACUGUACAGUAGCUGUGAAGGUUCUCUCUGAAGACAACUCUAUGAUGGUGUGUCAGGACCAUCGGGACUUUGUACGAGGGGCAUCCUGGGAUAACUUAGACCACACACUCCUCAGCUGCGGCUGGGAUGGACAGUUUAUUAAGCACUCGUUAACUCAACUAGGUGAGCAGUGUGUUGUUGAACCACCCGCUAACCAGGUCUCCAUGUCAUGUGACGACCAUACCAAGUCAUGUGAUCAGACUGAAACUCAAUCAAGUGAACUAACUACUAAGGAAGAGCCAUUAGAUAUGUUUGCUGAUAGUAACAAAGUUGUGUAACAUUAAUUUUAUUUUUGUUAAUUAUAGUAUUUAAUAAUAAUUAUUAAUUAUUAAAAUCA